GCCGCUGCCGGCGGCGGCUUCAUGAGUCUCCUGCUGUCGCCGCCGCCGUCGCUGCCACUGCUGCUGCUGGUCGUGACCAGGGGCACCUGCGCCUUCCGCUCCCAGGCCGGGGUCAUGAAUGUGUGCGGCGGCGGCAGCGGGGGUCGCGCCACCCCCGCCGUGGGUUGCCACAGCGCGGCGCUGGGCACCCAGUGCCUGCGGCUGCCUCCCGUGCAGGGCGCCGACCCCCAGCGCUGCAACGAGCUGCUCCUGUUGGCGGCGGCGGGGCUGCGCGAGCAGGAGAACCCGCCGGGGAGCCCCGGAGAGAAGGCGAAGCCGGAGACGUCGGCGUCAGCCCCCCAGCAUCACGUCCUCUACUUCCCGGGAGACGUGCAGAACUAUCGUGAAAUUAUGGCACGUCAUCCUGAGAAUUAUCAGUGGGAAAACUGGAGUCUAGAAAAGGUCGCUUUCCUUCUAGCACACCACUUCACCAGUAGUUAUAUUUGGGUAGUGAAGAGCUCCCGAAUGCAUUUGCACAAGUUCAGCUGUUAUGACAAUUUUGUGAAGAGCAACAUGUUUGGUGCCCCAGAUCACAGCAUUGAGUUUGGAGCUUUUAAACAUCUUUAUUCCUUGUUAGUUAAUGCAUUCACCCUUACGCAGAACAUUAUCUUGUCAAAGAAGAAAAGGUGUGGUUUAAGAAAGGAUGCAAAGACCUCUAGCUACUGUAGAGCAAAUUCAUCUCAUGCUUCAAAUGGCUGCCAUGGGGAGAGAGAGAGAAAAUAUGAACAAUAUGAUGACUCUGACACCAACUUUAAUCCACCAUCUUUUAAAGAUGCAUCCUUUACUUUGAUUGGAUUCAGUAAAGGAUGUGUUGUUUUGAACCAACUGCUUUUUGAGCUGAAAGAAGCCCAGAAAGAUAAGAACAUAAACACCUUCAUCAAAAACAUAAGAACAAUGUACUGGCUGGAUGGUGGUCACUCUGGAGGAAGCAAUACUUGGGUUACUUACCCCGAAGUGUUGCAAGAAUUUGCAAAGACAGGGAUUACAGUGCACACUCAUGUUACUCCUUACCAAGUAAAUGACCCCAUGAGAUCUUGGAUUGGAAAGGAGCACAAGAAAUUUGUACAGAUCCUCGAGGACUUUGGCAUGCAGGUGACUAGCCAGAUUCACUUUGAGCAGGAACCUCCUUCCAUAGAAAAUCACUUCAGAGUUCAUGAAGUGUUUUGAAGCUUGAAGUUUACCAGUUUACUGCAUUCAGUUGAAGAACAAAACAUUCUGUUGUGAAAUCAAGUGACAGGAAACAACAUUCAACAGACACCUGGUAUUGUUAGUUUGGGGGAAAUAGAAGCAUGGCUACUAAAAACUGGCAUGAUGUGCUCACGGUAUUCCUUGCAAGUGAAUUCCAGCAAUUCUUAGUAUGAAUUGGGUUAGAGUUACAAGUCAUUUAUGAUAUCAGUGUGGUUCUUACUAAUCCUAUGGUGUGACCCUUGAAAUUAGUGGGAAAAUUUAUCAUUAUCUUCUUUCAAAGGCAUAUGUAUGAUUGAUUUAAACUAUAAUUAUUAUUGAUAUUUAAAUAAUUGGAGAUUUGGAUAAUAUUUACUUCUGACCUUAAUCUUGGUAACAAUAAAGAAAAAGUAAUUAUCUGUUUUAGCACCCUGAAAAUUUUAAGAUUUGAUUUCAUUAUACCCUUGGAUGGGAACAUUCCCUUUGUCUUAUACUUUAGUAGAGGUAAAGAUUUAAUGAUAUUUUCUAUUGUUUGGGAGUACCUACCAAUUUGUGCCUCAUUCUUAUAGCCACAGAAGAGAUAUUUACAUAGUCUUAUUGAUUCAUUUUGCAACAUCAGUCACUGAUUAGUCUUUUCUUCUAGGUCUUAUUUAUGUUAAACAAUUAUGUUUUAUGUAUAAAAUGACCAAUAAUCUUUGGCCAUUAAGUUUUAACAUUCCAUCUAAACUUUAGAGUUUGAUUUUUAACUGAAUGCUUUUUGACAAGACAAUAAUUUAUUUUGGUCAGAAACUUAUCUUUUGGGAAAUCAGGCUAAAACAGAAGUACAUAGUUUGUACUAGGUAAUAUGUAGUGUGGUCAGAUUUAAACAUUUCAUCUCAUGAAUCUUAUGAAAAAGAUCAACAUGGGUGGUAAAAAACAAACUAAAAAAUAAAAUCAUUGCUCCAUUUAUUACUCUCCCCAAAAGAAGACAAAUUCUACAGUUCUGAAUCACUGGUUUCUUUCCAGAGUGAUCUGCCUGCCAAAAGGAAACAGCUCUCUUUGGCCAAAAUACAAAAUUACUGCAGAAAGAAGUUAUAAAGGAAAGUUUAAAGACAUAAAAUUUAAUUUUGGCUCAGAAAUUGAAUUUGGUUAACACUGCUACAUGACAUAAGGUGAAGGCCUCUUCUGCUGUUUUUCUUCCCUUGACCUAAAUAAAUAUGCUUUGAGAAACCAGGAUAUAAUUAUCAAUGAAAAGAAGUUGUUUGAUGAAAACAAAAAGAUUUUUUUAUCCAUCUGUCAAGAGUGGAUACUUUACUUGUCACAGUAACUAGCCUUUACGUAGUUGUACAGUAAACCUAAGUGAUAUUUAACUCACUCUUGUGAUUUGAAAAAAGAGAUAUAGGAGAAGUAAAAUAAUAAUGACCCAAAAGACAAUAUUGGUAUUUACUCAUUGAAAAUUUAUAAAAGAGCAUAGGAUGAAGAUACUACAAUCUUGGCUUUAGGCCAACUAAAAUAAUUUCACAGGAAUACCCUAUUUAGUAUUGUCUUUUCAUAGUACCUUUUUUAAAAAAAAAUUGCUAUGGAAACAUUCCAAAUGUUGAGAGCUUAAUGGGAAAUGGGAUCACUGUCUAAAUUUUCCCUGAAAAGAAACUGCUUAAGCAGAAACAUCCUAUUUUGUUUUAACACUUAGUUCUGCAUAGAAAUACUGUGUUUAUAACUUAACUCUUGGAUCUUUUAGGGGGGAGAAAAAAAUAGUUUUGUUACCUUGACUUUCUUUAAAUAAGUAGUUUCUUUUGAGACCAAAAGUUCCCACCAACCCACUCUUAACCUUAAAAAAAAAACCUUCAAGCAAAGUAGUUGAUAACAUAGGUUGUACAAUUACCACAAAUUGCCUAAUGGUAAUAUUUACCAUGUUCAUAUGAAUUGUACUAAGUUAUCUUCCUAUGUGUAGACUAAUGAAUAAAAGAGGAGGUUUUAUUUUCCAUUGAGACUGAAAUGGGAUUUGAGACAGAAAAGUUCAGGGGAGAGUGUUUUUCUACAUAUCUUUUAAUAUUGUGAUUAUAAAUAAACAUCUCAAGUACUUUAUGUAUUAGUGCUAAUGUGAAUGAUAGUUUGUAAACUUAAAAAUUCCCUUUUUGAGUUUUUCUAGAUAGAUGCUCUGUGGAAAUCAAGACAAUUAACUGUCAGUCUGCUAGGACUACUGUUAAAUCAAAGCAUUGAUUUUUUCCUAUGCUGGAAAUAAAUUUCUCCUGAAUAGUGUUUUCAAGAAUUUGGCCUAUGUUUUAAUUAGUUAUUAAUUUUUUAAAGCAAAAUUUUCUUUUUCUGUGUCAGAGUUUUGUUUUCUACUUUCAUAAUUGUAAUAUUAUAUACUUUUCAAUUGUGCCUUGUGUCACAAAUUGAAAAAUAGACAUGAAGACAAUGUGAAAGGUUGAUCCCACCACAGCAUUGAUGUAUAAAUGUAUUAAAAUGAGUAAUUGAUAUUGUUUUUUAGUAUGCUGUACACAUAAAUAAGGAGUUAACGAAUAUUGAGAUGUUAGAGCAGAAGCUGCUAAUGUGCCUGGUUAGUUUUUGAUAUGUGAAAGACUAUUAAAUUUUCAUUUUCCUUAACCAAGCUAUUUGACUUGUCUAAAUUCACUUUGAACAUUAAUUAUAAAAAUAGGUUAUAUAGUCCUCUACAAGAACAAAUUUUUUUCUCAGUUUUGAAUUGCUUUACGAAGUUAGCACUUUUUUUUUCAUUUUGAUGCAUUUGAUUUUGAAUUUACUAUUGUUCUCAGACUUAGUAAUUUUUAGAGUUCUGUGAAUUGUUUCAGUUCUUUUGGAAUAUUGUUUACCAAAAUGUUUAGGGUCCUACAAGUCCAUCUGUAAUCUCUUAAGUAUUAAGGUUUUUAAUGUACCAUUUGUUUUACUGGCAUGAAUAAUUUACUUUUGAUAUCUGUAUCUUAUUGCCAUCCUUAGUUGAGCAAGGUUUUGUAAAUAUAUCAAGUGGGAAUGUAUGAAGAGUCUUUUGCUCUGCCCAGAUGGUCUGCAAAUAAAAAUCUUGGGGAUUUAAUAAUUA